CGGAAGGGCGGGGUUGGCGUGAAAUCUAGCCCCAGUUGGUGAAACGUGUUACACUGUUCCACUGGCGGCCGUGGUACCGUGGGGGAAGAGCCCGGCAAACUGUGUGGUGACUCACCGCCGAGCCGGGAAGAAGUGAAAGAAGAGAAGAAAAUAACUCCCCACUGAUUCUCAUGUCGAUUCCAAUCUUAAGAGGAAUUGACAUGACUCGAGUCCAAGGGCAUUUUCUACAUAUAAAUAGCCAGGGCCCGUGUAUAUAAAGAUUUCAUCUCGGGCAGGAAGAGAAAGAGCUAAACCGGUUUUAGCUGGCGUAUGUGUGUUCCUUGGUAGACUAAAAACUGUUCUCAAAACCCAUCCACGAGAGUUCAAGAAGUUCGUCGAUCGGAUUUUUUUUGUCUUUCGGGGUUUAGAGAUUAUUUUUCCCCGCUACAUUUUCAGCUGGUCUGAAAUUGGGGAGACCUAAGGGUGCAACACAGAGACCGGUUGCUCUGCGAGAGAUUUGGGCCGUUCUGUUUCCAUGGCGUUUCUCAUGAAGAAAAAGAAGUUUAAGUUCCUGGUGACCCUGACCCUGGAAGAGCUCUCGGCCGUGCCGUUCGUUAAUGGGAUACUUUUCUGUAAGAUCCGCCUCCUCCACGGUGGAACCUUCACCGACCUAUCCUCCAGGGAGGAAGUGCACCAAAACUGCGUCCGGUGGGGGAAGGAAUCUCGCUUCAUGUGCAAGAUGACCGCCAGCUCGGUGACAGGGGUGCUGGAGCCCAGUAUCUGCCGCCUUUCCAUUCGCAAGGAGCUUAAAGGAGGAAAAGCCUUCAUUAAGCUGGGCUUCGUAGACCUGAACCUGGCCGAGUUUGCCGGUGCCGGGUCCACUGCUCGCUGCUGCCUGCUGGAGGGCUACGACACCAAGAACACGCGGCAGGACAACUCCAUCCUCAAGGUCUCCAUCAGUAUGCAGUUAUUGUUGGGGGAUCCAUGCUUUAAGACACCACCGUCCAGUGCCAAUCUGAGCACGGCCGUGGGGAGCGAGGGAGGCCUGGAAGCCGAUUGCAAAGGCGAUGCAGGGAAGGAGAGGGGGGCUCUCCGGAGACCCAGCACUCUGAGGCUGCCCAAGUGUCGCUCACUCAUCAUGGGGUCAGAUCUGGACAGUGCAGGUACACCUCCAGAAGAGAGCGGCUACAGCCGGCGGACCAGGAGCUCCACCUCCAGCUUCGGCAGCCUCCAUUCCAAAGUCUCCGGUUAUAGUUCCGAGCACUCACGUUGCCUGUCAGAGCCAACCCGAAGGAGGAAGUUCUCGUCCAGUAGCAGUGGCCUGUCGUCAGGGCCCAGCAGUGCAGCCGAAAUGGAGGCCACCGCCAGGGAGGUGGUCUUCGAGAAGCCGCCUCGCCCUGUUCGACCCCCUGAUCGGUUUUCGAGGCGGAAGAACCAGGCCCUCGAGAGUUACCCAUCGUGGAUCAGUGACACCAGGGUCAAUGCGGACGACAUCGUGGAGAAAAUCGUGCAAACCCAGGACUUCACGGACACCAGCAACUCAGAGGAGAGCGGACUGCAGCUGUUCGUGGGCCGGGACGGAUCCACCUUGUUUGGUGGCGUGCAGCUGAGUAACAGGCACUCUGUGAGUGACUACAUGCCAGUCAUAAUUGGCAGUCGCUGAAAUGGAAGACCGUCGUGGGAUCGUGCUGUGCACCUGUCCCAGUUUCCGGGCAAGCAUCGAUUGGGGGUGGGGGGGUGGGAAUGCCGACCAGGAGGAGGGCAGGCUGGGGUUGCGGGUACAGCUGGUUCCUUGCAUCAGCCAAGUGGGCCAGUAGGAAGCUGGGUCUCCUGCAGACCCCACCCAGCCACGACAGGCUGGUGCUUUUUUUUGGCUCCUGAGCUCCCUGGGCUGGCCGAGGGGGUCGGGGGUCGGGGGUCGAAGGGGAAUGAAUGUCCAUGAUCGACACUAGGUACGGCAGAUGCUGGAAAUCUGCAGAACACACACACACACGCAAUGCUGGAGAAACUCAGCAAGUCAGCCUGCAUCUCUGGAGGGGGGUAGGCAGAGACCCUUCGUCAGGAUUGGAAAGAAAAGGGGCAGAGGCCAGAAUAAAAAAGUGGCGGGUCUUUCUCAUUAAUUGCCCAUCAUUAUCUCCCUCUGCUUCCUGUCUGAUCAGAUUCCUCCUUCAGCCUUUUACCUCUUCUACCUAUCACCUCCCAGCUUCUUAGCAUCUACCCUCUCUCCCCCCCCACCCACUUUCUUAUUCGAGCUUUCUCCCCCUCUUUUCCAGUCUCAAUGAUGGGUCUUGCCUCAAAGUGUUGACUGUUUAUUCCCCUCCAUCUAUUCUGCCUGACUUACUGGUUUGAUAUUUUUGUAUGUGAUGCUGAAUGUCUGUGGGUUUCUGGACAAGAGCCCAGACUUCUGGUCUAUUAACUGGAGACACUGGUUCAGAUCCCACUGUGCCAUUCAAGCUAACUCAAUUCAGGAUAAUUUAUGUAAAGUGUGUACUUCUCAAAACACUUAAUUUCUGUAACCAUUACGCAACUGGAUUGCUGGUCUUAAUUGCUCUUCCGGGUUCACUCGCGAGGCCUGGCUAGGACCUCAGCCACAGUGGUCGAGGGCAGAUUACCUCCUCCCUCAGUCCAGGGGUAAAUGGGGAUCAGAAAUAAAUGUGAUAAUAAUGACCACUUCCUUUUCACUGAGGGACUCAAAUCUAAAUAAGAAUGAUAUUGCUCAGGAAGUGGUUGUCCCUUCAGCCCAUCGCCCAAACUAGCCCUUUGGCAGAGCCAUUGAACUAGUUCCCUUCCAUCUCCUCUUCCUUGGAGCUUUUUGUCCCAUUCUUUAAGUUAGUGGACUGGAGACAAUAGGAAAACUAUUCCAGCAGAAAGGAAUUUACUCCCUCACCCCCUCUCCCAUCUCUCUGAUCCAGCAUUACGAUUCAGCCAGGCACACCAACAAGGUCAGUGUGAUGGUCCUUCUGGCUAAUUUUAACUGUAUUUGCAGGAUCCUGCCAAUGUUGUCCUUUAGACUGGUGUAACUUGUGGGUCUCCGGUUGGGUUAGCCUGGUGAAUAAGCCAAUUUUGCACCUUUCUUGCUCUGGAAGUCCAAGCAGAACCUGCAGGGGCUUCCAACGUAGGUACAGGAAACGGCCUGUGCCCGAGCUCAAAUGUGUCUGUCGCCGUGGUGCUGAGCACUGUGGCCUGGAGCUCGGCGAGGAUGUCUGGGAGAAGAAAAAGCUGGCCGUGUGCACAGCCCGGAGUGAAGUGCCUGUGAAUUGACAACUGUGUACGGUUUGGGGGUGGUGUGGAUGGAAAAUGUGUAUUUAACACAAAGAUGCAGAUCUUAAUAUAUUUUGAUAUGCAAUUCAUUGC